UAAAGAGAGACACCGUAUCAUUUCCAUGGAUCCAAAGAAAUCUAACAAGAUCAGAGAUAUUGUUAGGCUUCAACAGAUCCUCAAGAAAUGGAGAAAGCAAGCCAACUCUCCCAAAACCAGUGACAGUAACAACAGCGGCAGUAGCAAUAAAAGUAUCAAGUUUCUGAAGAGGACACUUUCUAUAUCUGAACGCGAAGGGGGAUCAAGCAACGCUGUUCCGAAAGGCUGUCUCGCUGUUUGCGUCGGGGAAGAGAUGAAGAGGUUCAUUAUACCUACUGAAUAUCUCAGCCAUCAUGCAUUUCAUGUGUUACUGAGAGAAGCAGAAGAAGAAUUCGGGUUUCAACAGACUGGUGUUCUGAGAUUCCCUUGUCAAGUGCCAGUUUUUGAGAGUAUCUUAAAGAUGGUGCAGGGAAGGAACGACCAAUCUAGCACUCAAGAAUGCAGACUUAAAGUUGAAGAGAUAUUGGGACACUGCUCAUUAGAACGCCAGCUUGCUUACUCUCCCCAUCCCCAGAGUCCAAUGUGCAGAUAGUCUAGGAUUUUGAAAGGCUUACACUUAUGUUUUCCCCUUCUUUUUCCCCUCAUGGAGGCCAAUCAACGUAUGAAAUUGUAAGAGAGAUUUAGAUUAUGUAAGAACCUAUUUGGGAAUUUAUGAAUAGAUUU